AUGGUCUUCACUGCACGUGGAGGAUCAUGGGGAAAUGGAGGAGGUGGUAUUGCUGAGAAGAAAGAUGCCCUCAUCUCUAAACCCACCAACCAACUCGACUCUGGCACUGCCCUCCAAGUCUUUCUUGAUCACAUCCCAAUCAGCUCCAUUCCCGGCCUUCAAAAUUCACUCUCUGUUCUGGAACUGAAAACUGGGGAUUCUGUGAGGGAUGCCAUUCAUUUUCUGUACGAGAAGAAUGUGCUUGGAGCUCCUAUAGCAGAUGUGUUGGAAUCAUCAGAUGACUCAAAUGCCAUCUCCAGAAGGUUUUCUGAUCAGUAUGUGGGUUUCAUUGAUUUUGCCAGUAUGGUUCUUUGGUCUCUUGAGGAAAGUGAAAAGGCUGAAGGGGAUGGCAAUUAUAACAUUGGCAACAAUGGGAUCUUCUCCAUGCUAGAUCAGAACCCCCACAUCGGCCAAACUAAGGUGUUUUUUCUUUCCUUUUGGUUGAAUCGGUUGCAUCUACAAUAAUCAGUUUCUGGGGAAAAAAUGAACAAGAAUUACUUCUUUUCAUGGGAACCAAACAUUGGCUAAGUGUGGCAUUGUUUUAAUUGUUUUUAUUUGAUGUGUUUUCUGUUGAAUGAAAUGAUCAAGCAGAUUGGUGUGCUAGCAAAGUCAUUCCUGUGGGAUCCCUUCUUCCCUAUAACCCUAGAUGACUCCCUAAUGCAUGUCCUUCUGCUUCUUUCCACUCACCGGCUUCAAAUCUUGCCAGUGAUGGAGCAGCCCAACUCUAAAGUCAUUGGCUUUGUCACCCAGGUAGUUCAUCUGCUUCAACCUUACCCGGAUUUUAGCAUCAAGUUAACUUCCUAUUUGAUGAAAAGUGAUUCUCAUUCUUUGAAGAAUAACUGCUUGCCUUUCGUAGAAUGCAGUGAUCCAAUUGCUUCUUCAAUCCAGUGGACUGGAGUGGUUUGAUAACCUUGCAGACAAGGCUCUAUCCGAGUUUCGGUACAGCAACUCUUUAUCAUUUCGGUUUGCCAGUAUGCCCAGUUGCUCCAUCACCCACCUGUUUUCUUUCUCUCUUCGGGUUUGAACAAGACCAUGCCAUUCAUGUAUAUGAAGACCAAAGCAUCGCUGAGGGUUUUCAUGUCUUGUGGAAAAACCGAACUUGCCCCAUUGCAGUUCUGAAUAGAGAGAAUAAAAGGCUCAUCGGCAGUUUGAGGAGCAGCGACAUCCAUCUUCUUCUGGACAAUGAUGAUCUCUUUCACGGUAGGAAGUGAGUUCCAUCCAUUUCUUUUCUCAGUUAUGAAGAGAAAAUCCUAAAGCCAGACGGAGUUCUGAUGGGAUUAUUUUGUCAACAGGACUCGAACUAUUGAAGAAUUCAUUCAUUUGGAUGCAAGAAAGUCACAUGCCGAUGCAUCCAUUGAAGGAGACCUGGGAGCUCUUGUUUCAGCAGGGAUUCUCCGUCUGAGAAACAGCGUCCUUCCAAGAAUGGACUGGCCGGUCACCAACAGGAAAACUGACACUCUCAAGCAGGCCAUGAAAAACUUGGCAGAGACCAGGAGUAAUUUCAGCUUUCUGGU